UUAAUUUUGAAAUUCAUAACCGGAACUCACGUCAUUCACUCUGCGUAACUUGAUCGACAUACUUUUUGACGGUUAGCAUGUUAGCAAGGAGCUGCUAACUAUCCGAAACUCUUCAGAUAACAUGUCCGUAAAAUAGUCAGCGCGAAGUUAAAAAGUACGGAGUGUUUUUGUAGUUUUAGUUCGUGAAUCCCUCACUUGUCCGAGGAUGUUUUCGUCUGCCUGGAAUUUUAUUAAACGCCACAAAAGGAAAUUUAUCUUCGCCGGAGCUGUAGUUGGAGGAGUUUACUUCCUGGGUAAAUAUGCCCAGAAGAAGAUCAGGGACAUCCAGGAGAGGGAGGCGACGGAGUACAUUGCUCAGGCCAGACGGCAGUUCCACUUCGAGAGCAACCAGAGGACGUGCAACAUGACCGUGCUGUCUAUGCUCCCUCCGCUGAGAGAAGCCAUCGUCAAUCAGCUCAACUCAGAGAGUCUCACUGCACUACUCAAGACCAAACCAGCCAAUAAACUAGAGAUCUGGGAAGAUUUAAAGAUCAUCAGCUUCACUCGCACCAUCGUGGCGGUGUACAGCACCUGCAUGCUGGUGGUUCUUCUGAGAGUCCAGCUGAACAUCAUAGGAGGAUACUUGUACCUGGACAACUCUGUAGGCAAGAACGCAGUGACUCCUCUGGCUCCUCCAGACGUCCAGCAGCAGUACCUGUCCAGUAUCCAACAUCUACUGGGAGACGGUUUGACAGAGUUGAUGACGGUGGUGAAGAAAGCGGUUCAGAACUCACUGGGAAGGGUGUCGUUGAAGCAGAGUCUGUCCCUGCUGGAGUUGGAGCAGCAGGUGAGCUGGAUCAGAGCGGAGGUGGAGGCCGGCUCCGAGCGCCGUCUGUCCUGGUACAUGCUGGCUGACGACGAGAACGCGCUCGCCGACCAGGCAUGCGGUUUGACAGAAAACGACGUAACAACCAUCCGACUGUUAAACGAGACCAGAGACAUGUUGGACAGUCCAGACUUCAGCACCGUUUUAAACGCCUGUCUUCAUCGGGGUUUCUCUCGUCUCCUUGACAACCUGGCCGAGUUCUUUCGCCCGCCUCCCGGUGACUCCGCCCCCAGCUCUGCACCUGAUAGUCUGUCUGCAGUCAGUCUGCCGCUGGCGAAGAUCAUCCCCAUCAUCAACGGUCAGAUCAACACCAUCUGCAGCGAGACGCCCAGUCACUUUGUUCAGGACUUGCUGAUGAACGACCAGGUGAAAGAGUUCGCCGCCAACGUCUACGAGACCUUCAGCACGCCGCAGGAGCUGCAGAAAUAACACGACGACAGGAAGCGAGAUAAAAGCCCCGAAAAGACUUUUAUUCCCUCCUUCCUGUUUUCUGGCGAGACUCUUCUUCUUCCCUCCUCGAGAUCCUCGCAGACUUUUUUUUUCCGCUCGGUGAAAGAUUUGUGGCUUAAAAAAAACGUCCACAGAACAGAACAGAACGGUGGAAAGGAGGACGGCACCUGCGUCGGGUUUGCCUGUGAAUAACCCCCCGGGGGACCACACUGCAUCUUGGGAGGCCUCAUUUAUAAACCUGGUAAUGUGGGUUUUAUUCGCCCUGAGCGGUGGAGGAGGGGAAGGUAAGCAGGAAAAACAACAAACUGUCGGUGAUUGGACCUUUCACAGGCGGGAUUAUACUGAAUUAUCGUCAGUUUAUUCUGUUGAAACGACAGAUUUUAUGAUGGUUUUUCCCCCUUUUUUUUUUUUUUUUUUUUCUAUCAGCGGCGGCGGCGGUGAGUGUUUUAUGUCUGAUUGUGUCUCCAACACUUUGGUUGUGUGUGUUUUUAGAUCAGAAGGGUUUACAAGUGUAUAAAUCAACUUUUUUUUUUGUUUUCCACACUCAUUAAUCAGGGCGGUAGAGGGACGUACGGAGGGUCGGAUGCACAAAAACUGCUGAUUUUUUUUUCUUUUUUUUGUGCUAAUACUUUUAAACUUUCUCAUCAUGGUUGGAAAAAGUAUCUGCAGCAGCUUGUUGAUCAUUCGGGGAUAUUAAAAACUUAAAAAAAUAGUAAAAAGACAAAGAAACAGAUUAAAUUAUUGUAUUAAAACAGUCGACACCUUUUCGUUUAAUUCUACACUCAAUCUGUCGUCAUCUGUUUAAAAAAUUGCAUUUUUAAUUUUCAUGUUUAAAAGAUGCAAACACAGCUGUUCGGGUGCAGAGUCAGAAAGUUGUUCAUGACUUUAAAAAAAGCACAUUUAUUAUCAUUUUUUCUGUCUUCCAUGUUUUCAGGUGUAGUUCUUCUUCUUGUCCAGCAGGUGUCGCACUCUCUCAGCUUGUCGUCUUCGUAGGGAAUCACUUUAAACCAACAUACUUCACAUGAAGGGCUUCAUUCCAAACAUCUCCUGGUUUUUAUUUUUUAGGAUCAAAUCAGUACUCAGUAUUUCUGUAACAUUUCAUUCCUCACAGUCAGUUUUAAUCAUCCACCAGGUUUUUACUGUAAUAGCAACAUUUUCUCACUAAUUGUCAGACGUAUUGUUUCGGAAUGACAUCAGUUCAGUUUGUUUCUUACUCAUUUGUUUGUUUCUGUUUUUUUUUUUUCCACAGAAUUAUUUGUGUGUUUUGACAUCAUGAAACACUGAAUUUUAAAAGUCUUUCUGCCUGGAAGUUAUAAGACAUGUUUACACAGAAGAAUCGGUGACGUUUCUCUUGAUUUUAGUCGACACGCGACUUGAGUCAGCGAGAUGAGUUAUUCUCAGACACGCAUAGACUGAACGGACAGCGAUGGGUUUCACUAGUGAAUUAUGAACCGUUUUUUCUCAUUUUCAUGCCUGUAAACUACUUUUAAAAACUUCUUUUUUUUUGACAGCACUCAUGUCAACUCUUAUUUAAAAGCCACAGAAACACAACAGCUGCUCGUUACUGCGGUUACAGGUGCGUUACAUCAUCCAGACGCCUGUAAUCAUAGAAAUAAACACCCUCUCUAAGUGUUACUACAUUAUUCUGACAGAUCUGUUUUUCCCAAAUACCACAUAGGCUUUGAUUUAUCACACCUCUCAGCCAGGCGGGUGGGGUUAGCUACAUGUGAAUGUAGUGGAAAGUAGAUUUUUUUUAAAUUAAUCUGUCCGUCAGGAACUUCAGGACAAAAUAGUUUUAUUCAGUCCACGUCAUCUGUUUUAGUUCCUAAUUUGAGUUCAGUGCUGUUACUCCGAAAAUCCUCUGAUUGGUUGCACAAGUCCGACUAUAAAAGAGUAAAAACUGAAGCAAAGUUGUGGGAUUAUGCAGAUGAGAUUUAACAGAAACUAACAUACAGAUUUAAAAAUAGUGAAUCCGCUUCCUUCAGUUCUAUUGGUGGGUGACGGUUUUUUUUUUUUUUUUGGUGUCAUCCGGAGGUCAAAGGUCAGAUUUCGGUGAGAUGAGAGAACAUCAAGUGUUUCCUGGGUUUACGCAAUUAACGCGGCGGUCAUGUGAGAAUGUACAACCCUUGUAUGUAAUCGAUGAUGUCAUGCGUUUUGCAAGCAUAACAUCCUUAAUGACAGUUGAAAUGUAUGUUUGUAGCAAUUUAUUGAAGAGAUAAUAAAUGUUGAAAAGCGAUUUAAUUAUA